AUGGCUAUCAGCCUCUUCGCCAGCGCUCUCAUCUCAGCUUAUCCUGGAAUUUUCCUGCACGAGUCACCAUCAAACCUCCUGCGCAGAAGCCUGCCAGCCUCGCUUGCGACAGCACCGCUAGGUGCGGUAGGGUAUCAGCCUCCUGCCGGGCCUGUUCAUCGACCGACCACGACAACCACCAUCCCGGCCGGUGCGACUGCCUUCUCUCAGAAGUUGAGCGAGAAUGGAGGCACCGGGGAUACAGGCUCGGAGAAGAAUGUGAUCGUCUUGGUGGGCACAGCGACGAAGAACCAGGUCGUGCUUCAAGCAACACAGACGGCGAUGGCGGGAAGGAGUACGACAUUGGAAUCAAGUCUUGUUGUACUGUCGAUCGUCUUGUGUCUUUUCAUUUUGUAA